AUAAUUCUAAUUGCAACAGAAUUCAGUCUUUCCCGGGCUUUCAAAUGAGAAGAUAGUAGAACUUUAUAGGACAGUGCACUCUUUAUAUAGUAAAGAUUAAUCAAUAUAUAUAUAUAUAAAAUAAAAAUGAUAGAAAGACGAAAUAACACGUUUCUCUUCAUUCUGUGUUUAAAUUUGAUUAUUGUUACUGUAUCACGAGAAAUUGGAGAUUUUCGAAAAAAAUUUACCGAAAUACAUCCAACGGAAAUUAUUGAUUCAGUAAAAAAAUCAUUUGAUUCAAUUAAAGAAAAUGAUUUUUCAUCAGUAACGGAAAAAGAAAUAGGUGAUAAGAAUAGUUCAAUUGAAGAAGAAGAAAAAGCAGCUGUAACAGAUUUUGAGGACAAUAAUGCAACUGAAAAAGCAGACGAUGAAAUAGUUUUGUCAAAUGAGGAUAUCGAAGAUGAUGCAAAAACGGAAAAAGUUCAUUUAGAUGAAAAUGAAAAGUUAGAGCCCAAGAAAUCUGAUGACGAAACUAAAAUUAUGGACGAAAUUGAUGAUGAUUCCGACGAUGAUAAAAAAACUAAAAUUGAAGAUAAAAUUGAUGAAGAUUCAGAUGAUGAUAAACCAUCAGUAGAUGAAGAUGAACAACCAUCCGAAAAAAUUGACAACUCUGAAGCAACUUUUAAUACCAACCGCGAUAAUUUAAUAAAAACGGAAGAAGAUAUGGCUUUUGGAUCGGAUGUUGUUUUAAACGAUGACGAAAAAACAAUAAACGACACACUUAUGGAAGCAAAAUUUAAAGAAAUUGAUGAGGGUUUCGCCGAUGAGGGUAAAUUCCUUCCUAGAGCUAAUUUUUUAAAAGUAAAAGAUGACAUUGAAAGAUCAAAAGUAUUUAAAAUAAUUAAUAAAAUGCCAAAAGGAUGUCUGUUGCAUGCACACGAUGUAGGCACAGUAUCACAAAGAUUUGUCUUGUAUAAUGUCACAUAUCGUCCAAGUCUCUAUGUCUGUGAUUUAAAUGGUAAAUUACAACUUCGAUUUUUCGAUAAUCCUGAUAGUGAAUGCAAUUGGAAAUUGUUGAGUGAAUUGCGCGAAACGCCUGAAAGUGAAAAAGAAAUUAAUCAACGAAUUCAACAACACAUAUCAAUGUUAACUGAAAAUCCAGAAGACGACUAUCCAGAUGGUGAUAAAGCUUGGAUCAAAUUUCAAAGUAUUUUCGAAUUCCUUGGAUCUUUUAUGAGAUAUCGACCAGUUUAUGAAGAUUAUUAUUAUCAAUUGCUGCAGGAAAAUUACGAUGACAAAGUGUUAUAUGUUGAACUUAGAGCAAGUUUACCAAAAAUUUAUGAAUUAAAUGGCAAAAUUUACAAACCAAUCGAAGUUGUCAAAAUCAUUAAGGAUGUAGUGGAUAGAUUUGUAGAAGAGCAUCCUGAUUUUGUUGGAGUUAAAAUUAUUUACUCUAAACGACGACUUAUUAGCAAUGAAAAAUUGCAAAAAUAUUUGCAAACUUUUCAAGAAAUUAAAGAUGCAUAUCCAAAUUUUGUAGCAGGUUUUGAUCUCGUUGGCCAAGAAAAUAAGGGACUUCCAUUAAAAAAUUUCACAAAACAAUUGACAACAUUUAGAAAUGAUUAUCAAACAUUCUUUCAUGCAGGCGAGACCGAUUGGUAUGGACUCAGUGCUGAUGAAAAUCUCAUAGAUGCAGUUUUGUUAAAUACAAGAAGAAUUGGUCAUGGUUAUGCUUUACCAAAACAUCCAAAAGUGAUGGAACUUGUAAAGAAAAAGAACAUUGCAAUCGAAGUGAAUCCAAUUUCUAAUCAAAUAUUGAAUCUCGUCGCCGAUCUGAGAAAUCAUCCAGCGAGCAUUCUUUUUGCAGAAGACUAUCCUGUUGUUGUGGCUUCUGAUGAUCCAGGACUCUGGGGUGCACAGGGAUUGAGUUAUGAUUUUUAUGAAACCUUCAUGGGAAUAAUGUCGAGAAGCGCCGAUUUAAGAGCUUUAAUUCAACUUGGUUACAAUUCAAUUGUAUACAGUGCAAUGAAUGAUGAUGAAAAGGAGAAAGCUUUGGAUAUUUUUGAUGAUCAGUGGUCGGAAUUUGUCGAAAAUUUCGAUGAAACGGAAUAUUAAGGAUUAUAUCGCUAUACUUAAAAUAAUAAUAUUCAUUACAAUAUUGUUAAUAAUAUUCAAAACCAAUGAUUCGAUAAAAUAAUAUUUUUAAAUUAUAUUUUUAAUGUGCGGUGAGUUUGAUAAUUUUGAAUUGUGCCCACUAAUUGUAAAUAGCUUUAAUAAUAAUAACAAUAAUAAUAUGUAA